GGGGAGAUAGAGUGAGAGAGACGGCGGAGGAGAAGAGGCUGUGGUGGCGGCAGUGGUUGACCGGGGUUCGCGGAGGGGGCGAGGCGGCCGCCCCUGUAUGCCUCUUCAACCGCGCAUGGACGACCACCUCAGCCUCCUGCAAUCACCCCCGCCGAGCGCAACCAAAACCCGGGGCGACAACCUGGUGAACCACGGAUACACAGACACAGAAGCUGACGUGAUGACGGUCGUGGCGUGUGACAACAUGCUGGAGGAGUCGGCGGCUCUCCCGGGCCACCACUCUCUGGACCGAUACGAGCCGGAUCACGAAUGCUGCGAGAGGGUCGUCAUCAACAUAUCAGGGUUGCGCUUUGAGACGCAGCUGAAGACUCUCUCCCAGUUCCCAGAGACACUGCUGGGGGACCCCAAAAAGAGGAUGAGGUACUUUGACCCUCUCAGGAACGAGUACUUUUUCGAUCGGAACCGACCCAGCUUUGAUGCCAUCCUGUAUUACUACCAGUCCGGCGGGCGCAUCAGAAGACCCGUCAAUGUGCCCAUUGACAUUUUCUCUGAGGAGAUCCGCUUCUAUGAGCUGGGUGAGGAGGCUAUGGAGAAGUUCAGGGAGGAUGAGGGCUUCAUAAAGGAGGAGGAGCGGCCGUUGCCAGAGAAUGAAUUUCAGAGACAGGUGUGGCUGCUUUUUGAGUACCCAGAGAGCUCGGGUCCCGCGCGGGGCAUUGCGAUAGUGUCAGUGCUGGUCAUUCUCAUCUCCAUUGUCAUCUUCUGCUUAGAGACACUGCCGGAGUUCAGGGACGAGAACAGGGACCCGAUCACCAUUGCACCUGUGAUUAAUGGCACACUCCCAUAUUUCAUCAGCCCCUUCUCAGACCCGUUCUUUGUGGUGGAGACGUUGUGCAUCAUCUGGUUCUCCUUCGAGCUGCUCGUGCGCUUCUUUGCAUGCCCGAGUAAAGCCACGUUCUCCAAAAACAUUAUGAAUAUCAUUGACAUUGUGGCCAUCAUUCCUUAUUUCAUCACGCUGGGCACAGAGCUGGCAGAGAGGCAGGGGAACGGUCAGCAGGCCAUGUCAUUAGCCAUCCUGCGCGUAAUUAGGCUCGUUCGGGUUUUUCGCAUCUUCAAACUCUCGCGUCACUCCAAAGGGCUCCAGAUUUUAGGACAGACUUUGAAGGCCAGUAUGCGCGAGCUGGGCCUGCUAAUCUUCUUCUUGUUCAUCGGGGUCAUCCUUUUCUCAAGUGCUGUCUACUUUGCGGAGGCAGACGACCCGGAAUCUGGUUUCAACAGCAUCCCGGACGCUUUCUGGUGGGCUGUUGUCACCAUGACCACCGUAGGUUAUGGGGACAUGCACCCCGUGACGAUAGGGGGAAAGAUCGUGGGGUCUCUCUGCGCCAUCGCUGGUGUGCUGACAAUUGCCCUGCCUGUGCCUGUCAUCGUCUCCAAUUUCAACUACUUCUACCACAGAGAGACGGAGGGCGAGGAGCAGGCACAAUACCUGCACGUGGGCAGCUGUCAGCCUCUAGCAGACACAGAGGAGCUGAGGAAGGCUCGCUCCUCUUCCUCGCUCAGCAAGAGCGAGUACAUGGUGAUAGAGGAGCACGGGAUCAACAGCGCGUUCAAACAGCAGCCUAACUUCCCCACCACCGCGCAAAACAACUCGCAGAAUUGUGUGAAUAUAAACAAAAAGAUUUUCACCGACGUGUAGCCAAUAAUUUCGACUCAUGGCCCUGAACACAGGAUAAAAGGGGGUGGUGUGUAAACACACAGCUGCUUCUGUCGCUGCGCUCCAGCGUGUGGAAGCAGAUCAGAUGAAGAAAGACGGGAAUAAAAAAAGAGAGAGACAAAGAAAGACCCCUGUCUGUUCAGAGACGCUGCUUUGUGCUCCAUUCAAAAAAUCAGGAUUUUCUCAUUUCAGUGAUCUGAAUUCAUGACUCUAUUGGUUUCCUUUCGCGCUUAGAGAGUAAGAGUUCCUUAAAGUAUUGGGUAUCCUAUUCAUCUCUGAGCUAGGGAGUUGACCUGUUGUGCAUUGUGCAAUAUAUUCUCACAACAGGUAGAAAUAUAAGCUUUAUAACUUUGAAAGAUGAAAUGUAUCGGAGAUCACUCUCAUUGUAUUAACAUGCGUUAUGAGUCGUGAUUCGUCAGUCAUAGCCUAUGUAUAAUAUUCAGAAUAAUUUAAAUAUGUGUGUGUGUGUUUAAACACAUGUAAUGUCUUAAAAAAACACAGCUCUACAUAUAUUAUCUCAAUUAGACCGUUCUGUGAUAUGCCUUUAUUGUGCGUUCAAGUCUAGUCCAAAUGCUACUGUCUUUAAAAAAAAAUAAUCCCCUAUAAUUCCUAGAUACAAGCUGUCUCAGUUGGCUUUUUAAUGCAUAAACGGCACCACAUAAACAAAAGGGGCCCCGCCGACUGUCAGUGCCUCAUUAUCGGUGCAGGACACACGUGAAAAGCGGAGAAACACAGCGCGCUCUCACGCACACAUACAACGAUCAAAGAUGGAGCGUGCUUCUCUUUGGAUGCCUCAAAUAUAGCCCGCUGUGAUGUAGUCUCCAUGGCGACGGCCGUUUCCUCGGUAACCCCCAGUCACCGUUGCCAUGGCACCCUUGUUUCCACAGUAACCCCCCAGAUGGCUAGGGAGCUAUAUUGAAAAUUCUCAUCGAAAUAGCUUGUCUGCGUAAAAUACGAACCCAAACAUGCCGAGCGCCGCUAUAGCCAAUCAGCAAGCUAACUCAGUGACUGUAGGUUAACACAGAGACGAAUUGGAGUAAAAAAAAAAAAAAAAAAAAAAAAAAGAGGUCUGUUUACAAAGUGCAUUUAUGAGCUUCCACCCAAAAAAUGAACCAGGCGCCACCCAGAGAGGUGCUACGCUGGGAGAUGUGGAAGGAGAGGCAGCGCGUGAGGAAUUAUGAAUGGACUGGGAGCACAUUGUGUCUGGCUGUCCUGAUUGCGCUUCUGCUGGCGCUCACCAGAGGCUGCUGUUCUCCCACAGAUAAAACUGGUGAAAGUUGUUCCAUUUUUCUACACAGACCUCCCAGAAACCUUGACGACCCCAAUUAUAAUGCCUCUCAUUUAGGGGCAGUGACUCUGGUCUUCCUUUUGGGCCAGAUGGGCCAAAGUUAUGAAUUAAAACAGACUCCCACCAGAUCAAUUUUUCUUCCCUCCUCCUCCUGACUGGUGUCCUCAAACCUGGAAUAGGUGCCUACCUGUUAUCCCCCUCCAGUGGAUCACCACUACAACCAAAAUGCAAUCAAAGAAUGACAACAUAUUCCACGUAUGGUUUUGUAGCUGCAGUUUUCUGACUGCUUUUCUUCUGGAGUUAACGCACUGUGAGUGGAACCAUCACAGGAUUCAGGCGGUGACAGAAUUCAGCUGGAACUGUUUUAUGGACUCAGACAUUGCUCCAUACUGCUUUCUAUGUAUACUUCAAAAAGGACAGAUUCUGGAAACAGCCAGCAAUUUUGCAAAGCACAUUUCAAUCCUGACUUUACGGAUUUCUACAUUCUGCGUUCAUGUUACUGGGUAAUGAUAUUCAUUACGGAUGAUAACUGACAAACAGCUUUUGCUUCAAGUCAAAAGUGGCAAAAACUGAAGCCAGCCGUGAUUUUCUGAUAUGAAACUGUGAUACAAAUCAAAGACUGUUAGCCAUAUGCCUUUUGUUAGCUCUUUGUGCUCUGUAUCGCUAAUAUGUGAAACACACACCUGCGUACGUGUGCUGGUCGCAGCUAUUCCCCUGACCUGCACAUGGAGAACAAUACAGAGGCAUGCACAUACACGCAAACACAGACACACACAGACAUGCCUGUGAAUGGCUCUAUUUUAUCCCAGAUUGCACUGGUGUUUUUUUGGGAUGGGGCAGAAUCAUGUCAGGGGAAGGCUGUGUAUGCCAGUUUUUGUUUUGUGUUAUUCUGUGCUAACUUAAACAUGACCCAUAUAAA